AACAAGGAAUUGUGUAAUUUACUAGCUCUGUAACACUUUGGAUUAUUAAUUCCCUAAAUACUCUCACUUUCAAAAAGAAAAGAAAAGAAGAAAGCUUGAUACUAUUAAUAUGGAUCUGUAUGCAAAAUUGAGUUCUAACAUGGAGGCCAUUGUUGACUUAUUUAACUCGCGGAUGGAGCAAAUGGAGCGAAAUAUUCAGGAGCAGCAAACAUCCAAACCCUCGCAGCCAAAUCUCGAAACCUUGACACGUGAGUUCUAUGAUUUUAAGCAGCUUAUUUGGAAAUCAGUUGCAAUGUUGAAAAACCAAAUGGAGCUUAUGCUGAUAAGUCUGGACCGUCAUGAAAUGUCCUCUAGAAGAAAGGUCUUAUUAUUGCAUGGUAUUCCCGAAAAUACAGAUGAAGAUGCUAAAACUUUGGUUACAAAAGUCUUCACGGAACAAUUAAAAAUGACGUCAGAUUGUAUCACUAAUAUAUCUGUUGUUCAUCGGCUUGGUUUUGGGCAAACUAAAGCAAGGCCUAUAUUGGUGCGUUUUAUGAGUUAUGCUAUCCGUAGUCAAGUUUGGAAAAGUAAGACUCUUUUAAAGGGGACGCAGGUCACGAUGUCUGAAUUCUUGACAAAAUCAAGGUAUGACACAUUUAAGGCAGCCAGAGCACAUUUUGGAAUUAAGAACUGUUGGACUUCUGAUGGCAAAAUCGUAAUAUUAUUAUCUAAUAAGACGCGUCGCAAGAUCGAACAAAUGAGUGAGUUUCGUCUGUUAAGUACACAGUAUCCAACAAAAGAAAUAAACACGAAAGCCGCGGCGGCCCCGAUGAAGUCGGCUAGGGGAGCUUUGGCCUUCACCAGACGUCAAGUUGCACGUAGGGAUAUGUAAGAUACCGUUUUUGUGGAAUUUUAUACUAUAGUAGUGUUCCUGCCUUGUG